AUGCAUCGAACUUUCCGUGCCAUUCAUACGACUAGAGCGGUGAAUGCUCGAUAUCUUACCCAGUCUACCACCCGUCUAAGAACCUCCAAUCUCAUCCCACUGAUCGAGGUUGCCGAGCCAGACUUUGCCUCUAAGGCUUCUCACUUGAGAGCCAUCUAUGGGGCUCUCGAGUCCAAAGGGGUGCUUCAAUUGCAACUGGGUUUUUCCGAUGAGAAAAGCAUGUAUCUGCGGAGCCUUGUCUUUAACCUCCACCAAAACCACGGCCACGGUCUCCCGAUAACCCACAGUGCCGAACGGGGCUGGUUUUGGGAUGUUCGGCCCUCUCCAGCAAGUUCUCUAAGCCAUGGACACCAAGCUCGAUCAGAGACAAUUUUCUGUUUUGACUGGCAUACCGACUGCAGCUAUGAGGAGCAUCCGCCUCGGUAUUUUGCUCUUCAAGUCCUUCAGCCGGACCGCUGCGGAGGUGGAACGUUGUCGGUGCUGAACGUCGAUCGACUCCUCACCUUGCUUUCUCCUUUUGCACAAAAGUGGCUCUCCAGCCAUAACUACAAAAUCGCUGUCCCUCCUGAGUUUAUGAAGAACGUAGGAGAACAGCAUAUUGUGGGCAAUCUACUGGCACUAAAACCAGGGGGAAAACCUGGAAGUCAAUUACGGUUCCGGGGAGAUAUCAUGACCCCUUUGACUCUGAAUGCUACCAAGGCACUGGAUGAACUAAAGGAUAUUCUGUAUAGAGAUGGAACUCAAGCAGAGUCUCUCCAUCUAACACCCCAGAGCCUUCCCAAAGGAUCAAUCAUCAUGAUGGAUAAUCGACGAUGGCUACAUUCACGCAAUGAAGUCAAAGACCCCAACCGGCAUCUUCGGCGAGUCCGAUGGGAUGCAAGGCCAUUCGGACACUGCAACCCAUGA